GGCGGGCGCUUCGGCCAGGAUGUUCCAGGCGGAUGGCGCUGAGGCUCAGGCGGAGGCAGCGGAGCCCGCGGAGGAGGCCUGUCCGGAGUUGGUGCCCAUUGAGACGAAGCGCGGAGCGGAGGAGGACGGGGAGGGAAGCUCUGGCCCCGGCGCCAAGAUCCCCGUCACGAUUAUCACCGGGUACUUAGGUGCUGGGAAGACCACGCUACUCAACUACAUCUUGACUGAGCAGCACAGUAAAAGGAUCGCUGUCAUUUUGAAUGAGUUUGGGGAAGGGAGCGCUGUGGAGAAGGCCUUGGCCGUCAGCCAGGACGGCGAGCUCUACGAGGAGUGGCUGGAGCUGCGUAACGGCUGCCUCUGCUGCUCCGUCAAGGACAAUGGCCUUCGAGCUAUAGAGAAUCUCAUGCAGAAGAAGGGGAAGUUUGAUUACAUCUUGCUAGAAACCACUGGACUAGCAGAUCCCGGGGCCGUGGCCUCCAUGUUCUGGGUGGACGCUGAGUUGGGCAGCGAUAUUUAUCUCGAUGGAAUCGUGAGUGUGGUGGAUUCGAAGUACGGCUUAAAGCAUUUAACAGAAGAACGGGCGGACGGUGCCGUCAACGAAGCCACGAGGCAGGUUGCCCUAGCUGACCUCAUCAUCCUCAACAAGACGGACUUGGCUCUAGAAGAGGACUUGAACCGAUUGCGGAUGACCAUUAGAUCCAUAAAUGGACUAGGAAGAAUUUUGGAAACACAAAGAUCAAGAGUGGACCUGCGGGCUGUGCUAGACCUCCAUGCCUUCGACGCCCUCUCGGGAAUCAGUUUGCAGAACAAGAUGCUGCGUGUGGCCACCGCCCAACCUCACCUGGACCACAGUAUUGUUACCGUCACAUUCGAAGUGCCAGGGAACGCCCAGGAAGAAAGCCUAAAUGUGUUCAUCCAGAACCUGCUGUGGGAGAAGACGGUGAGGAGCAAGGCCGGUCAGUGCAUGGAGGUCAUCCGACUGAAGGGGCUGGUGUCCCUCAGAGACAAACCACACCAAGUGAUCGUGCAGGGGGUGCAUGAGCUCUAUGACCUGGAGGAGACCCCGGUGAGCUGGGCCAGCAACAGCGCGAGGACAAACAGACUGGUCUUCAUCGGCAGGAACCUGGACAAGGAGGUCCUUCAGCAGCUCUUCGCGACCACAGUGCUGGAAGCAUGAGUGGCGGCACGGCUCAAGGAAGGUCAUGCUUGUCUACGACUGCAGUUUUUCUUCUGGAGAGACCUGGACGUGUCCCCACUGGAUGUCACCCCAGCACCCUGCCGCCCCAGUACUGCUGCUGUGAAUCCCAGCGGGCCGUUUUAGGUCCUGACCCUAAACACUGCAUCCAAUACAGGGGCCCUGGACAGCUGUGCCACGAUGGAGCGUCUUCAGAAGCCUGUUUCUGGCGGAUGCGAAGCUCCUCUCCUGGCAGUCACUGAUAGUGAUGAUGCUGAUGGGACUCAGCACCGCCCCCUUCCCGUGGGACUUUCCCGGGCUGUGUAGACAAUAAAUGAUUUUAAAUGAG